AUGCAGUUAGCUCUCCAGCUUCAAAUCCAUAAUGUACAUCUCUUGCUUUUUGUAUUCAACAGGUGUCUCAAUGCCUGCACCUAUUGCAAGACUAAACAUGCUAGAGGUGACCUAGCCAGCUACCCUGUUGAUGAACUGGUGAACAGGGCAAAGCAGUCUUUUCAAGAGGGUGUUUGUGAGAUAUGGUUGACCAGUGAAGACACAGGAGCUUAUGGAAGAGAUAUUGGCACUGACCUGCCAACACUUCUUUGGAGACUGGUUGAGGUGAUCCCAGAGGGAGCAAUGCUGCGGCUCGGGAUGACAAACCCUCCAUAUAUUUUGGAGCAUCUAGAGGAGAUGGCAAAGAUCCUGAACCAUCCUCGAGUAUAUUCCUUCUUGCAUGUGCCAGUACAGUCCGGCUCAGAUAGUGUUCUAAUGGAUAUGAAAAGGGAAUACUGUGUUGAAGAUUUCAAGCGUGUAGCCUCCUUCCUGAAAGAAAAGGUACCUGGAAUUACACUUGCUACUGAUAUCAUCUGUGGGUUUCCAGGGGAGACAGAUGAAGAUUUUCAAGAAACCAUGAAACUGGUUCAGGAGUACAAAUUUCCAAGUCUUUUUAUUAAUCAGUUUUACCCACGGCCAGGAACACCAGCAGCCAAAAUGCAGCAAGUCCCAGCUCAUGUGAAAAAGCAAAGAACAAAGGAAAUGUCUCAGCUGUUUCACUCAUACAAUCCAUAUGAAUACAAGGUUGGUGAGAGACAGCAUGUUCUAGUCACAGAAGAAUCCUUCAACUCGCAGUAUUAUGUGGCACACAACAAAUUCUAUGAGCAGGUUCUUGUUCCCAAGAACCCGACCUUUAUGGGGAAAAUGAUUGAAGUAGAUAUUUAUGAAACUGGAAAACAUUUCAUGAAAGGCCAUCCUGCAUCGGGAAUGGAAAUAUACACGCCAUCAAUUGCCAAGCCUUUAGCAAAAGGAGAGGUAUCUGGUGUAACAGAGGAAUUGAAGGCGAUACUUCAGAAUGGUACUGGUUCACACGUCCCUUCUGCUACAAAAAAUAUGAUGGAUCUUCUGGACUUUAGAGCACGCUUGCAGCUGCCAUGGAGAUUGAAUGAUGAAAGGCUAAAAUGGAUGUCACUUAGCCUAGCUAUACUAGUUGCUGUUAUAACUUUUAGUCUAGAAAUAUUUCGAUAGGAAAAACUAUGAAAUAUAACUAAAUGGAAAAAUGUUAUAAAUGUUAUGUCUUAAGAGGACAAUUCGCCAAUGAAGUUGUUUAACAAACAGUAAAUCAUGUAUGGAUUGUGAACUGCCCAAGUAAAUGUUCUUCUGUACGUGCAUUUUAUGGUCAACAUUUAUUUGAUUUUAUAGAUAGACCCAUUUUUUUUAAAUUGGCAUGAUGGAAAAGAUGACAAAAUAUAUUUCUUUAGGGAACACUUUCUAUUAGAAUAACAAUUGGGCUUGAACUCAGCAAAGUAAGUCGUUUUGUAGCCUCUGCUUUGCUUUCUUGCUUUUUCUGUCAUUCUUCAUGAAGAUAAUAUUUUUUUCACGCUUAGCAAGUGUGGUAACAGAUGGUAUAUGCCUGUUACAAAAGCAGUGUUAACACAUGCCAUCUUCGGUUCUCCUUUAUUCACAUUUGUUAGUCUUAUGUAUUUUCUGUCCACAUGCAGUUUGUUAGACAUUUGGCUUCCUUUUCAGUCCAUUGAGUCUUUGAAAAUGUAUUGUUUUUUUCAUAGCGUGAGCAGAGGGCUUUAUGAUGUUAGCUGCUGAUGACAGCAAAAGAAAGCUUAAACUGAGAAGCAGAAAGGAAGGGCAUAGAAAAGGAUAGUUACUGACAAAAGUUCAGUCUCAAAGGCUUCCAUUACCGAAAGAUAGUGGCAUGUCAAAAAGGGUAUUAAAAGAAAUGCCAUCUGUUGGCCAGUAAGUAGAAAAAGGCCAAGUCUGUCAGCAGAGAAUCCCUCUCUUAAACCUAUACCUGUAAAAGAAUGUGACCACUGAGGUGACUUUUACUUUUGCUCUAAUAAGUUUCUUUGGAAAGAGAAAACCUUGAAAAGAAGUCCAUUGUAAUUUUCCACAAAAUUUAUGCUGGUUAUAAACUUGUAGCAGAACAUUCGUCUCUGUAUUUAUCAGUUGGACCUUAAUCAGUACAUGGCCCUAUGGAGGCAUACAUUUUAGUUCACUACAGCUUUGCAGAGGAAGGCUUUCGGAUGGCACUUAAACCAGUCUGUUGUACUCCUUCCAUUGUGAGGCCAUUUAAUACAUCCCCAUAUGUCAGUCGUUUAAUCUUUCAUCUGUAUCGGAGUAUGACAUGUCCAAUAAGGCAUUCCCUUCACCUAUACCUGUUUUGGUGGAGAAGAAUUUCUAUAAGAAAUAUAUAAAAUCCUUUGGGCAUAGAUGUUGAUUUGGACAAGUAGCAGUCUUUUGUCUCCUUGCUUCCUCAGUAAGCGGUUUCCUUGAGAAACCACUAAUAUGAUAAGAUAAAUUAAAAGUUAUAAAUUGAGUAAGCAGAAGAGCCUCACUCUUGGACUCUGCUGCCUUUGCUUGACUUUACUAAGGUCCUUACAAAGGCAAUGAUUAGAGGAGCAGGCACACAACCUCUCAAAACCCAGCAAAAGUAGACCAGUUUUACACACCUCCUGACACAAUUGAAUGCAUUCCAAAGAUAUUUGAAAAUCAAACCAACAGUUAUUUUUGUUUUUCUCAGAAUGUUAAAACUUGCCAUCUGACAGAGAAUCCAGACUGGGGGGCUAAUCUGAUAAGAUAAUAUCUACCUAUUUUGUUUUUCAUCUUGAAUGUGGCUAUUAUUUACUGAGCUCUCGUGGUACAGUACAAGAACUCUAUUUUAGAACAUGUCUCCACUUCUGGACUUGGAUACUUGAAGAUAAGAUCCUGAGAUUAAUGUCCACUGCAGAUAAAUAAAGGUGCUUAAAUAGCAAAAUAUCCAUAUAAGGCAAUGGAUAUGUUUUCAUGAAAUCAGUACCUAUUGCAUUUAGGAGCUCAACUUCCCAGAAGAUAUAAUGGUUUAGCCUCUUGAUGUCCUUUAAGUAGUGACACUGUUACACAGUUAACCAAGGAGGUUCUGAGAGAAACUCAAGUGCUUCACACUCAAUUUUGUACCUUUUCACUUUCCAUUCCUGUAGCUGCUCAGGUGUCCAUGAAUUAUUUUGUGAAAGCUUUCCUAAAGUGGAUUUCUGCUAUUAAAUUCUCUAUUCUUAACAUCUAGUCUAUUCAGGAUAAAUUUAAUUUUAUGAGGGAAAAGUUACCAUUUCCUCCUUUUUAACUGUUAUCCCCUUACAGCACUUUUCCUAGUGAUAUUGGCCUCAACUAGAUUUCUGAGCUUUGGGCCCUGUUGCAAAAUUAUACCUUUGCUGUAUUUCACUUGAAUCAAAUCUCCUUGAAAAAUCAUCCAUUUAUUGCAAAUGUGGUUUCCACACUCUCUUUAUUUUUAGAGAACCGCCACUUUUAUGUUUGAAGUAAACAAAGCUGAAAGUUGCUGCACACUUUGGAUUUCCAAAUUUCAAGUGUAAUAUUUAUAGCGAGACAGAGACUGAAGGAAAUCUGAUCAAAUUAAGGGAUGUUUCAUAGUGCACUGCCCAUGUUUCUCCUAAUCCAUAUGAGUAUUGCAUUGGUUAACCCUGGACAAACAAGAUGUUUGAUGAGGGAGACAUCCACCAAAAUGCUAAAAUGAUUUUGCCACCUACACUAAAGGUAGGCAAGACCUUCUUGUAACUAAGCAGGCCUUGUCCACAUGAUUUGCCGAUUGUAUUAUGUUGUGCUAUUACCAAAAAAAUGCAACAUGUAUGGGUGCUGUCGGGAGACAUGCUACACAAGGCAUAUGGAUCAUUGCGAUCUGUACAUCUCAUCCACACAGUCAUUAAGCACAGUAAGAUAGAAAACCAAUACAGAUUUUCGCAUGACAGUCUUGUAAAGGAGGCACCUUUCUUAGCUGUGUAGCUUUGCAGAAUAGCUGAAUAAUGCUGCUUGGAAUUCUAUCAGUUUGUUGUUCUGCUGUAAAAAUUCUCUAGAAUGAAAGAUAUACCUUGUUUGACUAACAUUAGCUCUGUGAGAGAGUAAGAAUACCCAUAUUACAACAUAUCUUCAACAGAGAGACUUUUACAGUAGUCCGUAUGUAUAACAGCUAUCCACCUGCAUAUAUUUCAGUUGGAUGUGGUGCUCUUAGAGCCUUCAUGCUAUAAAGUUUAAGUAGUCACUGUGUACUUUCAGUGCUACAGUCAUUGGUUCAUUGCAUUGCGAGUUUUGCUGUCAUCAUAAACUUUCUUACUGAUAGAAAUGAAAAUGACAUAGGGUAACAGUGCUUUAAGCAGAACAUAUGCUAUUUGACACCCGUGGAACACAGCAGUACUAGACAGAUGUUUGCCCAAGGCAACUAUGAUGAGUAGAAAAAAGCAAGGAUUGAAAAUGGCAUGAAUGGCUUAGAGUUCAUUUGUUACACUACCAGAAUUCUCCCUCCAAAGAUUUGCUCUUAUGGUUAAUACUUUACGUGAACAUAAUUUGUUUUUAUCAUAUUGGUUUGUAUUGCAUUGUUCUGUUGUGAGUUUUAAAAAGCUGACAGUUUUUCCCCCCAUUUUUAUCCAGUUUAUUUACCUGUACAUUUCUACUAGCAGAAAACAGCUACUAAAUGCAUUUGUUAAAUUUGAUCCCUGACUACAGCAGUAUAAUUUGAAAGCCUCCUUGGAAUAAAGCUGAAUAAAGUAUUUUUCUGAAA